AAUUACGCGUAAGUAAUUAGGGUUCGAUUGUGGCUCGGCUCGGCAUUGUCCCCGAACUCGAGACUCGGUUCGGGCCGGGGUGUCGCUGUUGCCAGUGUUUGCAAGAAAUACCCGCGGCUCAGGGAUCAUCGUUCGUGGGCCCUAGUAUAUAUGUAUGUAUAAGCCGCUUUUACGGCGCGCUAGGGUGCUCUGCGACGCCUAUCCCUGAGAACUAUUACUGUCUAAUAUUUGUGUGCAUAGUUAUUUUUAUAGGUAGUGAUUAAGACUAUACCUAUUAAGAGGAACGAUCACGCCCCUUCUUUUCUCCCUUCCCUACGUACAUAUGUUCGAAAGGAACGCUUACACAACACCUUAUCGUUUUAUCAUUUUCAUCAUAGAGUGAAAAAGUGUUUACACGAGCAUCGGCAAAUUAUCAGAUCCUUAUUAUUUCAUUGCUAAGGUCGAGUUACAUGUGAACCGCGAGAUGUCAUCGACAAUUUGAAACUUCUCUUAGUUUUGGCGAAAGUUAAAUGAGCAAUUCGCAAAUGUCAUUCCUGUUGAAGACUCUUAUAAUAGGCCUCGCAGUUUUUUGUGCUUAUUUGAAAUAUUAAUAAAUUAUUUUCAUAAUCAAUCAAGUGUUUCAAUACAAUACGAUUUGCCAUUUAACCUGACAACCAUAAUUAUGGCGGUCCAUCUUCAUGAAACAAGGAUGUGGGAAACUGUUCGAGAUGCUGCUCUUGCAAUCAUCAGAGCCAUAGGCAAUGCAAUAUGUUAUAUCUACCGACGAUUGAUGUAGUUCUUCUAAUGACUCCAUAUAUGAAGCGACUUCUUUUGCUCAUUGUGAGCAUAUUUUCGGUAGUGCAAUCUGGCCUUGUACCCCAAAAAUU